GAAAGAAAUCCUUUUGUAAGUGUUUCCACGAUUGGAGGAAAACAAUAAAUACAUAAAAUCUAAUAUAAAAAACAGAAGAAGAACUCCUAUUGUUUUAAAAAGAUUGAAUGAUUAAAAUAUAAAAAAUAAAUCAUGCCGACUUUUUCAGGAGAUUUUUAUGCGAAUGAAAAUAAAUCAUUGGAUUCCCUGAAUGAAUUAAAUUCUGAAAAUACAAAAAACAUUUUAAUCAGAAAAAUUCGUAUGGCAAAUUUUGGAAUUUACAAUCAUUGGUUUAGAAAGUCUUCAGAUAAAUAUGGAGCCGUGACGUAUCUUUUACCUGUUGGUUCUGUAUUUAUUUUAACAUUGAUCAUUUUACUCAUGGUGAUGUUUAAACGAUGUCCACAAUUGGUUGCGGCUAUUGUUACUGGAAUUUUGGGAACAAUAGCAAUAUUCACUGUAUUAGUGACUAUAAAUCAUCCCGAUGUUUAUGAAUAAUUAUUUUAUUUUAUUCUAGUAUUUAAAAUUCGCUUUCAUUUUGUAAAUAGAACAUGUUCAAUAGAAAAUUUGCAUUUACUUCUUUGUAAAAAAACGUUCCGUAUUAUUGUGAUUUGUUAACUGUCACCACAAUAUAUAACCUAUAAAAGUGUCCUUAGAUUUACCAUAAUUAAGACUGUAAAAAUAUUAAAUCUAUUUAUAUACAUUAAACAAACAAUUUUAAUUAA